GCACAAAUGUGAUGAUUCAAUUUUACACAUUUGAAAAUUUGGAAACCCGCCGUCGCUCACCCUGUACCCCUAUUAGGGUCGGGCUCGGUAAAGCUAGAACUUUGGGGUACUCCCAACAAAAAGCUUGGUUAACAUCGGUAGCUCGACCACUGAUUCGUCAGAAUGACAAAUUAAAAUGAAAUGGAUAUGCCACAUCGUCUUUAUGUUUCCUUUGAUUAGCUAGGAAGAAACACCAUGAAUUUUUAAAUUUUAAUAUAGAUCACAGAACCUUUAACUUUCUAAUUUAUUGUAGUGAUAUUCUUCUUCCAAUUAUCUUUUCUUUGAGAGGGACCUCAAUUGUUUAGGGCUCAUGGUUUACACAUCAAAUUGAACUUUCAUCAUGAUUAACAUCAGAAUUAAUAGUUAUGUCAAUGUUUUUGGAUAUGUAGGAUAACUAGAAGAAUAACGUUGCAACAAGAUAGAAUUAAAUGCUCUAUUAACUUCUCUCUCCCCUUUUUCUCCCUUUCUUAAUUCUACUUACCAAACACGGUGUAAAUCAUUUUCAUAAUUGCUUUUUGGGCAAAACUCCCGCUUCUCUCUCUCUCUGAAACCCACUCACUCAGUGAAUAGUGAAACGAAUCUUCAGGAAGCUGAAAAUGAUCUUCUACGUUGCUGAUUGAUUACUGAUUCCUUCGUUCUCUUAUCAAAAUGAAGCCCACUCGCAGAUUCAACAAACCCCCCGAUACAGUACCAAAGCUCGUUUUGGAGGAGGUAAUUGGAGUGACAACAAAAAAUGCCAAUGGGUUAGCUUCGAAUACCUCGAGUUCCAAAUGUGCUUAUUUGGCAGGUUCUGUGGUGGUGAUUCUUGACGUGAAUUCUGGCACUCAGUCGCACCUCAUUGCAUCUGAUAGAUUGCCACCGAAGCCUUUGAGAUGUGUAGCUUUGUCACAAGAUGGUCGCUUUGUUGCAGCUGGAGAGGCAGGAAACCAGGCCUCGGUACUAGUUUGGGAUUCUUCUACUUUGUCCGUUGUCUCUGAAUUGAAAGGCCAUCUAUAUGGAGUUUCAUGCAUCUGUUUCUCACCAAAUGGUAAACAUCUGGUAUCUGUUGGGGUAUAUAUUUACCUUUGGGACUGGCGAAGUGGUCACCUGAUAACAAAGCUUCAAGGAACUUCCUCUGGUUCUACUGUCUCAAGUGUUAGCUUCUCAUCAGAUGCAAAAUUUAUUGUAACUGCUGGUAAAAAGCACUUGAAAUUCUGGACACUUAAAUCAUCUAGGAAAACUCAACAAAAUGGAGGGUUACACAGGACUGCAUCAUUAGCAAUCCAGGAAAAGGUUGCCAAUCUCUCAAUUCAGAAAGAUUGUUCAUAUACAUCUAUUGCUUCUUCUGUGUGGACCAAUGGUAGUGAUGAUAAUCGUAAACAAGCUGGUGGUUUAUUUCCUAUAUACACAUUGACUGAUUCAGGCAUUUUAUACCUUGUUCAUUCUGGGUUGUCAGUCAGAAAGUCUGUGAUCUUGAAGGUUCAAAAAGCUUUUGCAUUAUCUACAUCCGGAAAGCUUAUUGCUUGUGCAUGCAAUAAUGGAACAGUCCUUUUAUAUACCCCUGUGUCUCUGGAAUACGUAGGCAGUAUAUUAUAUUCAAAGGCCAACACUGUUUACCAUGCCAGAUUUCCUGAACAGAAUUUCCAGCAGUUACCUGCACUGCCUGAUGCAGUUGCAUGUCAGUUUUCAACCUUAGAAAAGCUGGUGGUCAUUUACAGAGAUCAUAGCCUCUACAUCUGGGACAUCAAUGAUGUGAAUCAGGCCACAAAGUGUUUUGCGCUAGUUUCACAUUCCUCAUGCAUAUGGGAUAUCAAGAAUUUAUGUUGUGAAAACAUGCAUGAUCCAUCUCUUGCAUGCACUGCUAAAGGUUGUUCGGGAGGGAUUUCUUUUGCAACAUGCUCUACUGAUGGUACAAUUAGGCUAUGGGAUAUUUCUUUGCAAUCUGAUUCGUCAAAAGACGUCGAAGAGCUUAAGAAUGAACUGUUGGGUUCUUCAUGUUUAGUAAGUGCUGGGACUUUUGAACGUGAUGCAGUUAAGGUAGAUCUUACCAGUCAAGAAUUUCGAUCGCUUGCUGUUAGUUCAGAUGGAAAGUAUCUUGCUGCUGGUGAUUGCAAAGGAAACCUUCAUAUAUACAACCUUCAAACAUCAGAGUACACAUGUUUGCAGGGUGCCCAUGAUGCCGAGAUUCUUACAUUAAGCUUUACCUUGUCCACCCAAGACAUAUCUGGGGAAAUAGCAAAAAACGGUUACUUUCUUGCCUCCGGGGGACGAGAUUGUAUAAUCCAUCUCUAUGAUGUUGAAAGAAAUUUUGAUCUUAUUGGCAGCGUUGAUGAACAUUCGGCUGCUGUGACUUCUAUCAAAGUUAGCAGCAACAGUUGCAAUAUCCUCAGUUGUAGUGCUGAUAGUUUCCUGGUGCUUCAUGAUGUAGUGAUAGCAAAUAAUGGUUAUAAAAUUUUGCUGCAACACCGUCAAAGGGCUUCACAAUUUGGAACUGUUUAUGACAUGGCUGUGGAUCUGACAUCUGAAACUGUUGUCACAGUUGGGCAGGAUAAGAAGAUAAAGACAUUCGACGUGGCGACACGAAGACUGAUAAGGUCCUACAAUCACGAUAAAGUUUUUGGAGAACCUAUAAAGGUUUUAAUGGAUCCAAGCUGCACAUAUGUGGUCUGCUCAUUCUCUAACAAGUCCAUCUACAUAUAUGACUUUAUGACCGGAGAGAUGGUUGCCAAGGCCACAGGACAUGCUGAAAUUGUUACUGGUGUCAUCUUCUUGCCUGAUUGCAAGCAUAUAGUUUCAGUGGAUGGUGAUGGUUGCAUUUUUGUAUGGAAAUUGCCCACUCCAUUGUCUACUAAAAUAUUGGAGAAACUAAUGGAAAAGAGUAAUCCAUUGCCUUCAAGAAUCCCUGAUCAACCUCCUGCUUGCAGUCAUCUACCAUCUUGCAAGGAGGAGUGCCAGCAAUGCAACAUCAAUCAUAAGGAUGUCCGUUCAUUAAGGAAAGAAAGCCAAAGUGGGAACAUAGUUCUUAAUUCAAAACGUUGCCAUAGAGAGACUCCAUCAUUUAGAUAUAGUAUUUCAAGACUUCCCAGAUGGGCACAAGCAAAUGUAACCGACUACAAUGAUGUCUGCAGGAAUGUUAGUGAGACUUCACCAGAGGCAUAUUCUGCUUUAUCUCCAGAAAUUCAAAUACCAUCAGAUCAUGCUUCUUUAUCACCAGAGACUUUGAACACUCAAUGCUCUUCAAGGCCUAGAAGUACUUCAAACAACACUGCUUUGGACAAUCAUUGGCGCUCUGUUUACACUGUUUGUAUGGACGCACUUUCCUCCCCGGAGAUGCAGAAUGUACUUGACACAAAGUUUCCAAAGAUUUUCUCGAGUUUAAGGCAAGAUAGGGCUAUGAUCAGUGAGGACCAUAUUGGUCUUGUUUUGGACCAGCAUGUUGGUAACAAUAAUGAUUCUUGUUAUUCCGAAGAAGUUUCUGAUAGAAAAGUUGAGCAGUUGCAUUUAGAUGAAUCUCAAAGCAUGCCAAAAACAAAUCAUGAAGAUAACUUGGACAGUCUGCCCUGUGAAGAAGAAAGUGAUAUCUUUAUGCAACAUUUUGGCAACCUAUCAAGUACACACAAGAUGAAGUCAAGGAAUUCAUCAGUUAGAAAGUUUUCUGCAAGAUAUACUGUAAAAUGGGAUUAUGCAGGGGACUACAAGAAAUUAUUUAGUAGUCCUGUCAGGAAUAUGACUGAUAGCAAGAGGUCAAAGGAAGAAGCCGCAACUGAUAAUAUAUCAGGAAACAGAUCCUUGCUGCAGGUGAAAGAAAUUGAAGCGAAAAAUUCUCGUGAACAGAACCUCAAGAACUCAGCACUGAAUUCAAUACAUGAACUAAUCAACUUCCCUGCCAAAGAAAAUUCAAUUGACAAUCAGCUGGGGCUAGACAGAGAUCAAAAGGAAGGUGGCUGUGAAGGGAGUGAUCUCCAAGAAACCAUAGCUGCAUGCAAGAAAGCAUUUGCUAGCUUGGAUGCAGCAGCUGAGAGUGCUUUGCAAUUAUUUUCAAAAUUCGAAAAGGGUUAUGGAGAAGAGGUUUCAAGAGAUGGAGUUCAAUUUUUAAAUGAUGCUGCUGAGCUACUUCCACUAAUUGUUGAGAAAGUAAAUACUGUUGCUAGAUUGGUUCAAUGUAGGAAGAACAAUAACUGUGGAAGUUGAUUAGGAGUUCCAAAAUUGAAUUAAUUGUUUGGUAGAUUUGCCAAAGGCCAUUAGGAUAAAGUUUAGGAAACACCAAAAGAAGUUACAUGCAUUCAUUGAAUAAAAUUCAUAGUCUUCUGCA